AUGGCGUCAAACAUUUUAUUUGAAGAUCGUUUUGUCAUUAGUAGUGUUGAUAAUUCAAAAUUUGAAAAAGUGAGUAGAAUAAAAGCGAAAAGUACAGGUUAUGAUGCAGAAUUGAUUCUUGAUGUUCAUUCUGAAUUGUUUAAAGUGGAAGAAAAGAAAGCUAUUUACUUGGCUCUUCAAGAUAAGCUUUUAAACCAAAAUGAUGAAAAGUCUUGGGAACAAAAUGAAAACAUUUCAUUAAAUAAUAUUGAAUACAUUAUGAGUGGAAGGAUUUUUAAAUUUGAAGAAUUGUCAUCGGAAAGGAGGACGAUAUAUGCAUCCUUUGGAGGAUUAAUGAUGGCCUUAACUAGUGAUAAGCAGUUUAUUGGAGAUUUGGAAAUUGACAUGAAAAUUUACUUACUUACAAAAAAUAUAGACAUUGAAAGAGCAUGA